AAAACAAAAAAGGGGAACAUAUAGCUUAACGGUGCGCUCUCCCUCAGGCCUCACCGCCAUUGUAUUGGUUUCUGAUUAGCGCGAGCGCCCUCCUUCAUUUCGUUGCUCAGGCCUGCCCCUUUCCUUACUUUGAUCAAUUGGGCAAGGGUUUGGCCAAGUAAAACCUUCUUCCUCAAAUCAACAAUGGCGGACGACGAUUACAAUGAGAUGGAUAUGGGAUACGAGGAUGAGCCACCAGAACCUGAGGUUGAAGAAGGUGUAGAGGAAGAUGUGGAAAACGAUAACAAUGAUGAGACUCCUGGAGAUGCCGUUGAAACGGAGGAUAAAGAAGAACAGGAACCAGUUGAAAAACCUCGUAAAACUUCCAAAUUUAUGACCAAAUAUGAGCGAGCCAGAAUCUUAGGUACACGUGCUGUGCAGAUCAGCAUGAAUGCACCUGUAAUGGUUGAGUUGGAGGGUGAGACUGACCCACUUGAAAUUGCUAUGAAGGAACUGCGUGAGCGAAAGAUUCCCUUUACCAUACGCCGCUACCUGCCUGACGGAAGUUACGAGGACUGGGGAGUCGAUGAAUUGAUUGUGGAAGACUCAUGGAAGAGGCAAGUUGGCGGUGAUUAGACUGUUCUGAUUAUUAGGAAUGUUCUGUCUCAUGGAAGAGGCACGUGGGUGAUGAUCGAGAUGUUUCUCAUUUGGUCAGAGAAAAAUGAUCUUGCAAUAUGUAGACUUGUCUCUAAGCUUUGUAUGACAUGGAUGUGAACUUUUUGAUGUGGACCUUAGAAAAGACUUCAUCAAAAAUUGUUGAAUUGUUUUACUAGUUUUAUGCAUAUAUGAUUUAUAUGAGAUUCAAAAACA